UUGAAGUAUUAUAUUUUGCAAAAAGUGCUGAAAUAGCAGGAGUUCGUUCAGAGACCAUUUUUGUGCCACAGGAAAUAAAAGCAUUGCAGCUGUGGAAAGAGAUAGAAACGCGACAUCCUGGGUUGGCUGAUGUUAGAAAUCAGGUGAUAUUUGCUGUUCGUCAAGAAUAUGUGGAGCUUGGAGAUCAGCUCCUCCUGCUUCAACCAGGAGACGAAAUUGCCAUUAUCCCCCCCAUUAGUGGAGGGUAGUGCUUUUGAGCCAACUGGGAAAGAUAUGGAUGAAGUUGAAGAGAAAUCUAAAGAUAUAAUAAAAUUCACUGCUGAGAAACUUUCAGUAGAUGAAGUCUCGCAAUUGGUGAUUUCUCCACUCUGUGGUGCAACAUCCCUAUUUGUAGGGACUACGAGAAAUAACUUUGAAGGGAAAAAAGUCAUUAGCCUAGAAUAUGAAGCUUAUCUACCAAUGGCAGAAAAUGAAGUCAGAAAAAUUUGUAGUGACAUUAGGCAGAAAUGGCCAGUCAAACACAUAGCAGUGUUCCAUAGACUUGGCUUGGUUCCAGUGUCAGAAGCAAGCAUAAUCAUUGCUGUGUCCUCAGCCCACAGGGCUGCAUCCCUCGAAGCUGUGAACUAUGCCAUUGAUACUUUAAAAGCCAACGUACCCAUAUGGAAAAAGGAAAUGUAUGAAGAGUCAUCAUCAUCUUGGAAAAGAAACAAAGAAUGCUUUUGGGCAACCAGUGAUUAAUCAUAAAUGUUUAGAGCACUAAAUCUUAAAUUUGGUAAACUUU